AUGGCGGACCGAUACUCUUUCUCUCUCACAACCUUCUCCCCCAGCGGAAAACUGGUGCAGAUUGAGUAUGCCCUCAAUGCUGUAAACCAGGGAAUCACUGCUCUUGGCAUCAAAGCCACCAACGGCAUCGUCCUUGCCACCGAGAAAAAGUCGUCAUCCCCUCUGGCCGACCAGAGCUCCCUCUCCAAGAUCAGCGACAUUACCCCCAACAUCGGCAUGGUGUACUCCGGCAUGGGCCCUGAUUAUCGAGUAUUGGUGGACCGAGCACGCAAGGUUUCACAUACCGGCUACAAGCGCAUCUAUAACGAGUACCCCCCUACCAGAAUAUUGGUGCAGGAUGUCGCCCGAGUGAUGCAGGAGGCCACGCAAUCCGCUGGUGUUCGACCUUAUGGUGUGAGUCUGUUGGUUGCUGGUUGGGAUGAGGGCAUCGAGCCUGAGGAGGAGAACAAGACCACUGAGGAGAGCGAGGAGAAGAAGGUUAACCGAAAGACUGGUGGUAUUCACAAGGGCGGCCCUAUGCUGUACCAAGUCGAUCCCUCUGGCAGUUACUACCCGUGGAAGGCUACAGCCAUUGGCAAGAGUGCGACAAAGGCCAAGACAUUCUUGGAAAAGCGAUACUCGGAGGAGCUCGAGCUUGAGGACGCUAUCCACAUUGCGCUGUUGACCCUGAAGGACAACAUCGAGGGUGAGAUGAACGGUGACAGCAUCGAAAUUGGUAUUGUCGGUGCUCCUGCAGACCAUCUUCUUGGUCUUGAGGGUGUUGAUGGGGCCGUCGGACCCCGUUUCAGAAAGCUGACCCCUCAAGAGAUUGAGGAUUACCUGACGAGUCUAUGA